AUGUCUGUUCAAAUGGAAAAGCUCAAACAAAAGUAUUUUUCAGUUUUUGAAAACUCAAUGGGCAUAAUAAAUAAUGUUCAAGCUCGCAUUCCUUUACGUGCUGUUGCAAAACCUGUCUUUAUUAAGGCAAGAAAAAUGCCUUUCGCUUUGCGAGAUGCAGUCGAAAAAGAAUUUUACGAAUUAGAAAAAAAUGGCAUAAUUGAAAAGUUUGAAACAUCAAGAUGGGCUACUCCCAUUGUCCCCGUUCGAAAACAGGGUGGUAAAGUUCGAAUAUGCGGAGAUUAUAAAAUCUCUUUAAAUCCGCAAAUUUUUGUUCAAGAACACCCCUUGCCAACAAUAGAAGAAUUGUUUGCGGCAAUGGCAGGUGAAGUUUAUCCCGAUGAUCGUGAGCAUCUUACGUUGAGUACUCACAGGGGUUUGUACAGGCCAACUAGAUUUAUGUAUGGAGUCGCGUCCGGUCCUGCAAAGUGGCAAAACAUAAUUGAGGAAAUCCUCAAGGAUAUCGAUUGCGUUUCGGUUUUCUCAGAUGAUAUCAAGAUAACUGCUCCAAACGAUGUUAUUCAUCUUCAGCGUCUCGAAGAAGUCUUAUCACGAUUAAGCAAGUACAACAUGAGAGUAAAUUUUGAAAAAUGUGAGUUUUCGGCUAGCGAAAUUGAGUAUUGUGAAUACAAGAUCGACUGCGAAGGUAUCCAUAAGUCGAUGCAAUAA